UUUUUGCUUGUUUCGGUCUUUUAACCCCUUUUUGGCCAUUCUGUCUUUUUUGUAUCGGUCUUUCUACUAAUCGGUCUUGUAUAGGGAGUGUGGCUAUUUUCAUUUCCUUCCUCAAAAUAUUAAAAAUGGUCGGACUUAAAACGUGUCUUCUUUAUCACCACAUUCUCGUUCGUUAUCUUCUGAAGCUAAACAAAAUUUUCAAAUUCUUUAGGCUUUGAAAUUUUUUUUUCAUUAUUUUUUCGAGUAAUUGAUAGAAUAGCAACGACUUGACACUGACAUUUUCCAAAAUUAAAUUAGCUUAACCAAUUUGCGUUAAUAUUUAGUUCAAAUUCAUUUGGCGUCACUUAUCGAUUUUCAUUAGUUUCCGGAGUUUGCAUUUUCUUGUUGUUUCCCUUGUUCUCUUGUUUGUCCAAUAUAAUUUUUAUGAUCUUCAAUUUCUACCCUUGAAUAAUUCGAGAAUCUUCCACACCUUGCAUUAGGGAGAUUUGACUGGGUUGUCAAUUUCCUUUCAAUAAUUUUGGGACUUCCACUGCAAGCUGGGUCUGGCCUUGAUAUGUUUUUCUCCAAGAGUUUUUUCCCUGAUUUAAACAAGGAAGCCUUUUUAUUUCUCCCCUCCUCUUUCAUUACUUAUUUAUGCUUCGCCUUAAUGUAUCCUUCCAUGAUUUUUAAUUUCUUUAUAUGUAAAUUUUUCAGAGUUUUUUUUAAACAAAAAUGUUAACAACGACGAAGUUUAUUCGGAUCUCUUCAAUUCUUUUAUUUUUGUCAAAUGAGAAGCAACAGUUCUGGUACUGUUCGUAUAGCUGAAGUUGAUGAAGCGAAUCUUCUGCAUUGGGUUCUGCUCCUCUAUCCUGAUCGUGAGCCUUACAACCGUGGAGCCUUUCGUGUCACCGUGGACUUUCCAACCGGAUAUCCUUUCAACCCUCCACGUGUUACGUUUGUGACUAAGAUAUAUCACCCUAAUGUUGAUGACAAAGGUCAGGUUUGUUUGGGCAUCAUUCAAGCUGAGAACUGGAAGCCGGCUACACGAACGGAGCAAGUUAUCAAUGCGUUGGUUUCGCUUAUUGCUGAGCCAGAAAUUAAUCAUCCGCUUAGGGCUGACUUAGCUGAGGAAUUCCAAAAGGAUAAGAAGAAGUUUCUUAAGAAUGCUGAGGACUACUCGAAGAAACAUGCUGAAAGGCGUGAUUGA